AUGGGUUGCACGUGGUCGGGAUUGACGGCGAUUUAUGACGCUGUGAGUAGUGGCGAGGAGGUGAAGGUCAACGGGCGACGGUUUCGCAUCGUGCAGAACCUUGGCGAAGGUGGUUACGCUUUCGUUUACCUUGUUCGCGAAACCGGUAGCAGCCGCAGCAGCGCCGUCGAUGGUCCAGAUGCAUUGUCGGAUCCAGCUGCUGACGUGGAGACUAGCGGUGAUGUCAAGGCUGCGGAACCUCGAAAGUCAGAGGAAAAUGCAGGAUUCGCGGACGAUUCGGACGUCAAUCCGGCUGUUCCAGCCAAACCGAAACGGAAAUACGUCUCUCCCGACAACACAUACGCUUUAAAGAAGUUUCUGAUACAGACCAAGGAGCAACUGCUGCUGGUGAAGGCCGAAAUCGACGUCGCAUCAAAACUCGACCAUCCCAGCCUGCUCCCUUUAGUGGAACACGCUAUAGUGUCAUCCAAGCAGCAGCAGGGCACCAAGGAGGCGUACCUGGUCUUCCCAGUCUACCGGGACGGCACCAUUCACGACCAUGUCGGGUGGAUGGCUCAACCCAAGGGGUCGCAGCCCGGUAGAGGCCACCGCUUCUCACCGCUUCAAGUGCUCACCAUUAUCAGCCAGGUUGCCGCCGGCCUUGCACACAUGCAUGCAUGUUCGCCCCCUCUAGCCCACAACGACGUCAAGCCAGGGAACAUUCUCAUAGCCUUUGGGGGAGGGCACGGGGCCACAGGGGGGCUUGGAGGGGGCAUGAGCAGGGGCAGCGGGGAUGGUAUCUGUGUGACUGGUGUAGCAGAGAGAGAUGACGCUUUUGUAGCGGGUCUACGCAGUGGUGGUGGUGGUUCUCCUCCUGCCGGUGGUAGUAGUGGCAGUGGUGCCUUUCCUGCAUUUCCUUCUGCUGCUGGUGCUGCUGCUGCCGCUGCUGGAGGAGAAGCAGGAGAAGCAGGAAAGGCUAACCAAGGUGGGCGGAACGGGGGGGGAGAAGCAGCAGGAGGAGCAGGAGGAGCAGCAGGAGGUGAGGGAGCAGGGGAGAGAGCAGGGGAGAGAGCAGGGGAGGGAUUGCCAUUGGAGCGGUUACCAACAGCGUCGGCAUCGGAUGUUGCGGUGGCGAUUAUGGACUUUGGCUCCACCACUCCUGCCAGGAGACACAUCACCUCUCGCAACCAAGCCCUGUCGUUGCAGGAAUGGGCGGCGCAGCACUGUUCAGCAGCGUACCGAGCACCGGAGUUUUGGGACUGCCCGAGUGAGAUGGAUAUUGAUGAGAGGAGUGACGUGUGGUCGCUGGGAUGCACUCUCUACGCCACCAUGUAUGGCCAGUCCCCUUUCGAGUUCUCCCUGGGCGAGUCAGGAGGCAGCCUGCAGCUUGCAGUCAUGAGUGGCACCAUCAAAUGGCCACAUCCACCCCUCUCUGCCUCCUCCUCCUCUCCCUCCCCUGCUCUAAUGGACGCUCCUGGUUCGUCUGGAGGUGACUUUUCUGGUUUCUCUGCUGCGGGAGGAGCAGGAGGGGAGCCUCUCAAGUCCUCCUCGCAACUCACCAGAAUCGUGGCGCUGAGCGCGGUGUUCUGCUUCUCAGUACCACUCAAGUCCUCCUCGCAGCUGCUCAGGAUCCCACUCAAGUCCUCCUCGCAGCUCCUCAGGAUCGUGGCGCUGAGCGCGGUGUUCUGCUUCUCAGUGGUGGGCGGCAACACGUCGCUGCGCUUCAUCCCGGUGUCGUUCAACCAGGCCAUCGGCGCCACCACGCCAUUCUUCACGGCUGUCUUUGCCUACCUCCUCACCUUCAAGCGCGAGGCCGCCCUCACGUAUGCCGCCCUCCUGCCCGUCGUGCUCGGCGUCGUCAUCGCCAGCGGGAGCGAGCCCAGCUUUCACCUCUUUGGCUUCAUCAUCUGUGUAUCAGCAACAGCAGCCAGGGCACUCAAGUCCGUGCUGCAGGGCCUGCUGCUGCAGUCAGAUGGCCAUCAGCUUAACUCCAUGAAUCUGCUCUUCUACAUGGCUCCCAUCGCAGUGCUCCUCCUCCUCCCCGCCACUCUCGUCAUCGAGCCAACCGUCCUCGCCGUUGCUGCCAGUAAAGCACACGAAGACUGGGGGAUUAUCCCUUUGCUCCUAGUCAACUCCUCUACUGCCUUUUUCGUGAAUCUCACCAACUUUCUGGUUACCCGUUACACGAGUGCACUCACUCUUCAGGUACUCUCUCACUCUCCAGGUACUCACACUCUCGCCAGGUUCUCUCACUCUCUCCACGUGCUCUCAGUCUCCAUGUACCCUCACUCUCUUCAGGUACUCUCAUUCUCUCCAUCUAUGCUCGGCACUAUGCAGCAGUGUGCCAUGAGAUGCUACAGUGCACCGUUUGCAGUUCGCUUUGUUUAG